UUACUUCCGGUGCAGCGGGUCACCGUGUGGUCUUUAUGUGGUGAUUUCCGUGUUUUCAGACCCGCGGAGCGACACCAACAGAGAUUAUUCACAUUGUUUUUUUAACUCGAUCGCCACAUCAGUUUAUUCACCAGCACAAUGUCGGAGGACGUCCAGAAACACUCGGUCCACACGCUGGUGUUCAGGUCCCUCAAGCGGACCCAUGACAUGUUUGUGUCCGACCACGCGAAGUCCAUCGCACAAGACGAAGAGAGCCAGAAGAUGAAGCUGGGUGUGAAACUCAAAGCGGACUACGCGGCAGUUCUACACAUGCCCAUCCUGAAGGAAGGAAAAGACAGAGUACCACAUCUGCCAGGCAGCAUGUCAGGUCACCAGAGCUACGCACCGGAUGACCCAGAAUACCUGAUCACCGGGACACAUGCGUACCCAUCUGGACCCGGAGUUGCUUUGACCGCUGACACAAAGAUGCACAGGAAUCCCAGUGAGGGAGGAGUCCUUUCCAUGGCAUUGGCUUUGCCGCCCUCACAAGCCAGGCAGGACCUGAGCCGCACUGCAGCCAGUGUUGGUGACAUCCAUCGACACGCAGGGGCAGAGAGAUCUCUACCUCACUCGACUGCUCUGUCGUUCUUGGAAGGAGGUGGCACCAGAACUUCUGCGCUCAUGAGAAAAGGACCAACCAUGCCCAAGCCCCAGUGGCAUCCCCCGUGGAAACUGUUUCGGGUCAUCAGUGGUCACCUUGGCUGGGUGAGGUCCAUCGCUGUGGAACCUGGGAAUCAGUGGUUUGUCACUGGGUCUGCUGAUAGAACCAUCAAGAUCUGGGACCUGGCCAGUGGGAAACUGAAACUCUCUCUGACCGGACACAUCAGCACCGUGCGCGGUGUGGCCGUGAGCACCCGCAGCCCCUACCUGUUCUCCUGCGGUGAAGACAAGCAAGUCAAAUGUUGGGAUCUGGAGUACAACAAGGUCAUCAGACACUACCACGGACACUUGAGUGCUGUGUAUGGCAUCGAUCUGCAUCCGACCAUUGACGUGCUGGUGACGUGCAGCAGAGACGCCACCGCCAGGGUGUGGGACAUCAGGACGAAGGCUAACGUGCACACGCUGAGCGGCCACACCAACACCGUGGCCACAGUGAAAUGUCAAGCUGCGGAGCCACAAAUCAUCACUGGCAGCCACGAUUCAACCAUCAGGCUGUGGGAUUUGAUCGCUGGAAAAACCAGAGCCACGCUGACCAACCACAAGAAGUCCGUCCGAAAUCUGGUGAUGCACCCCAGACAAUACACGUUUGCUUCUGGUUCUGCCGACAACAUCAAGCAGUGGAUGUUCCCAGAUGGCAACUUCAUCCAGAACCUGUCGGGUCACAACGCCAUCAUCAACACCCUGGCUGUGAACUCAGAUGGCGUCUUGGUGUCUGGAGCCGACAAUGGAACCAUCCACAUGUGGGAUUGGAGGACAGGCUAUAACUUCCAGAGGAUCCACGCGGCUGUGCAGCCGGGAUCCCUGGACAGCGAGUCGGGCAUCUUCGCCUGCAUGUUCGACAACUCGGAAAGCCGACUGAUCACCGCCGAGGCCGACAAGACCAUCAAAGUGUACAGAGAGGACGACACGGCUACAGAAGAAAGCCACCCGGUCAACUGGAAACCAGAGAUCCUCAAGAGAAAGAGAUUCUAAUUAUUUGUCAUGUUUUCUUCUCGCGGUAACAAUAAAAUGUAUUUCUACCAAAACCUCCUGUUGUAGAUACACCAAUCCAGUUUUGUUAGUUAGUUACUUUAUGAUCAGGCUGAUUUCUUUAUCACAACGGACCCCCCCCCCCCCC